AUGACAAACACGAACCGGUUCUCGUCAUACACGUCUGUGUCGGUUGGAUCCGACACCGACAAGAAGAAGGAGGACCUCUGGGGAUCCCUGCUGGAGUCGGUGGCCAGCGCCCGUCGGCUGCCGGAGCGGAAUCUGCUAGUAUUGGGCGGAACGGUCGAUUCGCAACGCGAGUUCCUCGAGUCGCUUUCGCACAACCAGCUGCGGCGCAAUCUGGACCGCCAGCAAAAGUUUCCGCCUGUUGCCAACAGUCUCGCACUGGGCUACACAUACUAUGAUGUCUUGGAUGCCGACCAGGAAGAUAUCCUUGCCCGCAUCUCCCUCUAUCUCCUCUCGAAGCCGUCGCCGUCGUUUGGCUCUCUCAUCCAGCCGCUCCUCACGCCCGAGUCCAUAUCCAACACGCUGAUCGUCAUCCUGCUCGACUGGUCGCAGCCGUGGUUGUGGCUGCGCCAGCUGCGCGAGUGGAUUUUGCUGCUGCGCACCGUGCUGGUCUCGCUGAGCGCCGAGUGCAAGGGCGUCAUGGAAGACGCCAUGAUGCGGUGGCGUGAGCGUGGUCGCGGAGGGCCCGUCAACCUGGACGGCACCACUGCCACGGUCGAUGCUGACGUCCUGCCGCCUGGGCCGGGCGAGUGGGAGGACGCGCUGGGACUGCCGCUGUGUGUCGUGUGUCAGAACUCCGAGAAGACCGAUAUACUCGAAAAGACACAAGGUUGGAAGGACGACGAAUUCGAUCUGGUGCUUCAGUAUCUGCGGACUGUCUUGGUCAAACACGGUGCCUCGCUCAUCUACACCACGCCCGACGUGCCGUCCGAGCUGCCGACGCUCGUCCAUGCCUGUCUCGGCGUGACGUCGCUGCUCAAGCGGCAGCCGCUCAAGCCUGAGGUGAUCAAGCGGACAGAAGUGAUCGUGCCGUCGAACUGGGACUCGUGGACCAAGAUCCUGGUCGUGCGCGAGGGCUUCGACGUCGAGAAGGUGAGCGAGGGCUGGUCCAAGGACCUGCAGCGGCCCUUUCCCGUUCCACCAAGGCGGACCAACGGCAAGGACGAGCGGACGAGGAUAGCAGGCGAAGGUGCACGCCACGACGGCGACCCGGCCGCAAACGAGCCGUCUUCCGGCGACGCGAGCGAGUACUACUACGACAACAACACCGGGCUACAGGACGGCGACGACGGCGACGACUUCCAAGACUCGCCAGACUCGGCCGUGGCCCAGUACGAGCGCACCAUUCGUGAUCCCGGCCUGGAUGCCCUCUCGCUCGCCGGCCAGGCUGCCCACCCGACUACCCACCUCGAGGUCGAGACCGAGGACGUCCAGGGCUUCCUGGCCGAGCAGCUCAAACUGCUGGACCAGCUGCGCCAAAAGGACGAUGCCAAGCGCGAAAAAGAGGCCAAGGAAGCUGUCAAGGGUGCACGGGGCCCCUCUUCCUCGCUCUCUGGAUCGGCUGCCCCCAUGGGCCUGCUCUCGUCUUCCUCGCUCGGCUCGGACGGCGGUGCCGGCGGCGACCCGGCCGAGGUCAUCAGCAGCCACAUCGGGCCCGUGCAGUUCAACAUUGGCGGCAUCCAGGUCGACGCCGACGACAUGCUGGAGCGCAUCAAGAACCGUCACGGAUUUGGCUCCAACGACGAUGCAGCAGAUGUCGAGACGGUCACCAUCGGCAGCGAGGCUCCGCGAGCAUCCGAGAAUGUCGACACCGAGAAGAUGUCGGCCUUCUUUGCCGGCCUGAUGAGCCGGCAGAGCCAGGCUGGCAAGACUUGA